GCCCCCCUCCCCCUCUCUCGAUGCUCCAGGCGCCAGCGCGAUGGCGGAGGGCGGCUCUCCGGACGUGGAGGCGCAGAAGAACGAGAUCGCGACUCUCAUCAAGACCCCGCUCAAGAAGGGCGACACCUGGUACCUGAUCGACAGCCGAUGGUUCAAACUAUGGAAGAAGUUUGUGAGGUUCGACAGCUGGGACAUGCACCAGAUGGGACAACAGAGCCUGCCCGGGCCAGUAGACAACUCUGGCCUUUUAAAAGAGACCGAGGAGCAGACCCUGAAAGAGAACCUCAUUGACGAGCUGGACUAUGUGCUGGUGCCCACCGAAGCAUGGAACAAGCUGGUCAGUUGGUACGGCUGCAUGGAGGGACAAAAGCCCAUUGCACGCAAGGUGGUGGAGCACGGCAUGUUUGUGAAGCACUGCAAGGUAGAGGUUUACUUGACGGAGCUGAAGCUGUGCGAAAAUGGGGACGUGGAAAACAGUUUCACACGGCAUUUCAGCAAGGCCGACACGAUCGACACGAUUGAGAAGGAGAUGAAGAAGCUGUUUGAAAUACCCGAGGACAAGGAAACGCGGCUGUGGAACAAGUAUACAUCCAACACGUACGAGCCUCUCAACAAGCUGGACAGCAGCAUCCAGGACGCGGGCCUGUGUCAGGGGCAGGUGCUCAUUAUCGAACAAAAAAAUGAAGAUGGAACGUGGCCACGGCAGUUUAUCUCAAACAAAGCCAGCAGCGGCACAAGUGGCAGCUUCCCCACCUCCCCAGGCCUCUCUUCUGCUUCCUCCUCUCUUGCCAUUGGCUCCAGCACCUAUUCUUCUGGCUACGGCCGAACCUCCAGCAGCGGCUACAACAGCUACGGCUACAGCUCCUACGACUACAGGGAGCCCGGCCGCGGAACCUCACAGCCCGGACUCUGCGGACUCAGCAACUUGGGCAACACGUGCUUCAUGAACUCCGCCAUACAGUGCCUAAGCAACACCCCGCCGCUGACCGAGUACUUCGUCAACAACAAGUACGUGAGCGAGCUGAACAACGAGAACCCGCUGGGCAUGAAGGGGGAGAUCGCCAAGGCGUACGCCGACCUCACCAAGCAGAUCUGGUCCGGCCGCUACAGCUACGUCACCCCGCGCGCCUUCAAGACGCAGGUGGGGAGGUUUGCGCCGCAGUUCUCCGGCUACCAGCAGCAGGACUCGCAGGAGCUGCUCGCCUUCCUGCUGGACGGCCUGCACGAGGACCUCAACCGCAUCCUCAACAAGCCCUACGUGGAGCUCAAGGACGCGGAGGGGAGGCCCGACGAGGUGGUGGCGCGCGAAGCCUGGGACAACCACCAGAAGAGGAACAACUCCAUCAUUGUGGACAUUUUCCACGGCCUCUUCAAGUCCACGCUCGUUUGCCCCGAGUGCUCAAAGGUGUCCGUGACCUUCGACCCGUUCUGCUACCUCACCCUUCCGCUACCCAUGAAGAAGGAGAGGAACAUGGAGGUGUUCCUGAUAUGCAUGGACCCGCGGUCAAAACCCACGCAGUACAAAGUGACCGUGCCCAAGUCGGGUCAGAUUUCCGAUCUGUGCGUGGCCCUCUCCAAACUCUCCGGUGUCCCCGCGCACAAGAUGGUCGUGGCAGAUGUUUACAACCACAGGUUUCACAAGAUUUUCCAAAUGGACGAGAAGCUCAACAACAUUCUCGAGAGAGACGACAUAUUUGUGUACGAGGUGGCGGGCGGCAAGCAGGACGACCCCGAGCAGGUGGUGCUGCCAGUCUACCACCGCGAGAAGCGCAUCCGCCACAACAGCUACAACUGCAACCUCGUGUCCACGGGCAUGCUCUUCGGGCAGCCGCUCUUCAUCUCCGUGCCGCGCAACUCCACCACGUGCCGCCGCCUCUACCACAUGCUGCUGGACCACAUGGCGAGGUACGUGAACAGGCCCAGUGACGACGAGGAAGAUGACGAGGAUCACUACGACCGGCCGCUUUACGUCGACCAGAAUAACGCCAACAACAUGCGCUAUUCUCGUCAGAACGGAGAGGUGGACAUGGAGGAGGAGGAGUCGAGCAUGGACCGCGAGCUGCCCUCGGAGAACGAGGACAGCCAAUCGGACGAGUCGGCCGACAACGAGGAGGAGUCAGAGCGCUGCCGCACAGCGCCGGCCAACGACAACGUGGCGGCGAAGCAGCAGCAGCAGCAGGCGUUCCGCUCGCCACGCCGGCGGCCCCUCUUCACCUUCCACGUCGUCAACGCCUACGGCAACAGCGAGGUCAACACCAUCCUGGACGACGGGCGGCCCAUCAAGCUCGUCAAUCAGCCGUACAUUGCGUUAGACUGGGAUCCUGAGCUCAAGAGACGCUACUACGACGAAAAAGCUGCCGAGGACUUUGAGCGCCACGAGAGCAUGCAGUCCCAGCCGACGAGGAAGCACUCGGUGCGCCUGCGCGACUGCAUCGAGCUGUUCACCACCAAGGAGCGGCUCGGCGUGGAGGACCCGUGGUACUGCCCCUCCUGCAAGCGGCACCAGCAGGCCACCAAGAAGUUCGACCUGUGGUCGCUGCCACACAUCCUCGUGGUGCAUCUCAAGAGGUUCUCCUACAGCCGAUACCUACGCGACAAGUUGGACACGCUCGUCGACUUUCCAUUCAGGAAUCUGGACAUGGCAGAGUUUGUCAUUAACCCUGAGCCGGGCCCCUGCAAAUAUGACCUCAUUGCUGUCUCCAAUCACUACGGAGGAAUGGGGGGCGGUCACUACACGGCGUUUGCCAAGAACAAGGAUGACGGCUACUGGUACUACUUCGACGACAGCAGCGUGUCGCCGGCCACCGAGGACCAGAUCGUGUCGAAGGCGGCCUACGUGCUCUUCUACCAGCGGCAAGACGCGGCGAGCAAAGCGCACGGAGCGGGGGCGGCGCGGGGAGCCGCGGCGAUGGCGGCGCCGCCGUCCCCACGGGGCUCUCCCUGCGCCGCCACCGUAGCCUCCGCCGCUGCCGCCACCUCCUCCACCACCACCACCACCUCGUCGUCGUCGUCGUCGUGCGCCGCCCCGGCCUCCGCCCAGCGCCGCGACAACGAGGACGAGGAGGAGGACGAGGAGGAGGAGGAGGAGUGCCUGGACAACGGCGCCGCGAGCAGCGCCGAGGAGGACUCCAUGGACACAAACUAAGUUCCUGGACCCCGCUGCGCCCGCUCCUCCCUCCUCCACGCUCGUUUCUGACCGCGCCAGUCCCAUUGGACGGGCAAGCCGGCCCUUGAAAAUGCAAAACCGAAAACACGAUGGGGACGUCGGUGCGGGGGAGGGGGGCGUGUUUGCGUGCCCUACGGGACCCUUUCCACCAUACCCACACCCCCCACCCCGCCCCCCAUCCCGAAAUGGCCCCGAGGUCAAGGCUACCGCACCGGCGAGCCGGGUCGCUGAUGGCCGCUGUCAGUUUAACGCACGCGGGGAAAAUCUGCGCGGCGGCAAAAACGCACCACAGGGACGGACCGUCGACGACGACGACGUGUCCUGAAAGUUGCCCCGCGGAGCGACGCUCGCCCCGCGUGAAGCUCGCCCCGCGCCCGCGUGGAAAAACCGAGGCUUCGGGGUGGCCGCUCUCCUCACCCCCACUCGUUACCACCCCCUCCCCCCCCCUCCUCCUCAUCCUCCUCAUCCUCCGCUCGCGCGGGGCUGGGCGCGUCGCUCCCCGCCCGUCGCGGAGAGUCAAAAAGCCCGGAGGCGCCGCGAGCGCGUCCAUCUUAACGGGGUCGCUCGUUUUGCCGGCGCAUUCGCCCGGUGGCCGGGCGCGCGGUCCGCGUCCGGGCGUGUUACGCCGCCGCCGUCGUCGCCGCUCCCCGCAUCUCUCGAGCGAUGCGGGGGGCGGCCCGCGGCGCGUACGGGAGGAGGCGCGCGCCGUUCAUCCCGCCGGUCCCACGCCCCCCUCCCCGCGGCCGGCAGGGGCGGCGCCCCCACGCGCGUCACCGUCAUCGGCCGUCUCUCCAUCGUCGCGUCUCGCAGCCAGGCAGACUCUUUGUUUCGCCCUCCCUGACCAUUAUGGCUACUGUGUCAGCUUGAGACUUUUGCCCCUUUGUGCUGAUUUGGCAGUAAGUUAUUGCGUGCGUCGAAUGACUCCGGUUUGAGACCGUUUUGGAUGCGUAUUGUGUUUCCAGGUGCUUGUUUUGUAUGCUGUAUAUGUGCGCCGAUACGGUGCAUACGUUCAAUGUUUGUGUUUACAUUUAGUGUCUUACUGGAACGUAUGGUGUUGGAGCUCCUGACAUUUGAUUUGUUUUAAGCAACCAAUUGUCUGGAUCCUUUACCCAGCUGCAAAUACACAAGCAACACACCUACACACUCCGUGUUAUUGCCUUAGUGCUGAACAACCAAAUUGUACAUAGCACAUCGGUCAUUGUGCUGAGAAAAUUGUAAUUCGCAGCGUGUUUGGAGCAGCUUCAACAUCGGUCUGCAAAUCACGUCUCCAUCGGGGGUUGAGGUUUUGUGCGUGCGACGGUAGAAUCGUGUCGGACAGUGCGGUGCGAACGCGACGUGAUCGAGCAUUGCGCACCGACGGCAAAACCUCUCCCCACGCACGGCACACGUCGCCGCCUCCACCGCCGCCGCUGCUGCUGGGCUACAGGGUCUCGGUUUACUUCGCAUGAACCGGCGCACGCGCUCGCAUUAGCCGCGUGCGCCUCCCUCUCGAGGCUUUGUGGGCGGGGGGGGCCGGGGGGGGGCUGGCGAUCGCCGAGGGGUGCAGCUGGGUCUGUGUGAACCCAGACGCGGGGUUCUCGCACGCCGCCGAGUGGAAUAAGCCAGUUUCAUUUGCACAGAGAUUCGUACGUUUGCAAGCCGCCUGUACGUUUUGUUUCGCCCACCGUGUUAAGCACUUUUGUUUUUGGUGACGCAUAAUUUUAAGUUGACGAAAAGAAGUCUUUAUUUACGUGAGAUUAUCUACAUUUUUACACGAUGCUGCUUUGUUGUUACUAUUCGUUCUCUGAAUAUUUAUGUCGCCUCAUAUUUAUCGCCGUGCCAAUUUGUUGAGAAUGCACCUGCAUAUGGAAUGAUUGCGAAGCACUAUAUAUAUAACUAAUAUAUAAAUAUAUGUUAUAUAUAUAUAAACGCAGCGGGCAGCAGUUGACUACGGACAACUGGAGAUGAGGUAUAGAAACGUGCACUUAAAAUAGUUUUUCCGGCUUCGAAUAACUUUGCGACCAUCUGAUAAUUUUUUUGUUCCUUACGACCUAUCGAUUUACGUUGUUAUUUCUUGUUGAAUGUUUAAGCAGGAAACACUUCGCUUGCCACGGGUUGCACACAGGACUAGACGCAGCUCACGCCGCUCCCCGUCGUGAGCCUCGCCGUGGGUUUUCGCGGUUUUGCUGCCCGGGGCUCUCCGACGUGGCUUCGGGGUCCCGUAGCGCUUUUGUCAUUCACGACGUCCGACGUUUCGCUUCACGUGCUGGGAGCUUCUUCAGCAAGUCGGUAUGACGUACGAGGAAACGCGGGCGCUCUCCGGGAACUCUGAUAUUCCGUUCCGGGAAGCGGCUCCAAACACGUGUGAAGCGCGAAGACGUCGGGACGUCGUGCAGGAGGACGCGCGACGUGGAAGCUCACCGGAGAGCCACUCGCCGCUGUUAUUGAUCCGUUCGGGACCGCUCGGAGGGCAAAUUCCCCCUUUGAGAGACGAGAAACUCGUCUUUAAGAAUAGCAAGGUUUUGCUUGAGGCCGGUAAUGAUUCGACGAUUGAAACUUGUUCCUUCUUACGCUCACAAUACGUGAGUGCAAUCGUCCAGGAGAGGGUCGAUUGCUGUGUUGAUGUAAAUUCUACUCGGACCGUAUGCAAACGUUACCUUUAGGCUAAUAGUGGAGCAAUUGAGAUUGCAGACGAGGCAGCAAACGAGUAACAACACGAGUGAACGAACGAGAUGCAAUUUGAAAUCCUGGAAUUUUUAACCCUGAAUCGGGACACGAUUCAUCAUAUCGAGGCGGGGGCGGCGGGGGGUGAUGGUGGAUCAUCAUAUGUCUCGCGUAAAUACACGGUGCGUACACGCAUGUGGUACAUGUGGUACAUGUGUGUACGCACUGAGGGUAAUCUGCCUUUAAUAUAUCAGCGGUGUUGCUCACUAAACAUUGCCAAGUCAAAUGCUGCCUAGUGACCGAAUUGAGUGUUCUCCUCGCAUCACCCUGCUCUGUGCUGGGUUCCCGUUUGCGUUUCUCAAAGCCAUUUGCCUUAUUUUUAUUUCCCCUUUCACUGUGAAUUCUGCAACGGGGUGUUCUUCUACUUGGCGAUUUUGAGGUCGCCAGCAGCAGGGAUCUCUGAACUUGCGAGCGCACAGACGGGUCGUUGCGUGUGCGUGCGUACGCGUGUUAUUUCCCGCAGUGAAUUUAAGUUGAAAUUACAAAAGGGCAAUGUGUAUGUCGCUGUUUAAGCUGCCUUCGGGUCAGAGAGGGCUGGCCAAUGCCACUGAAUCCUCCCAUUAAAGCCUGUAAAUGAUCAGGAAGCACACGUUGAAUAUCUUUAAAAUGGCAAUCGGUCCCAAAUGCCAAAUUGUUCACUAAUGACAGCAGUGGUCAAUUAUACCUUGUGGUAGUAGUUGCAGUUCUAAAAUUUGCGCACAUACACAGCACAUAACAAACACAUACUAGAGCCCUUUGUCAAUGAAUUGCUGGAUGAAGGCCUGUACACACCAUAUUGGUCAUCGGGGUUUGAUUGAUCAUACUUCACCAUGUUGAGCAUUGCAGGUUUGUGAAGUGGGACCCAGGAUGAAUGCAGACGUCACAUUUAGAAUCAGCAUGCGUUGUUAGAGUAAUUGGCUGCUAUAAAUGUCCACGUGAUAAGCCACUUCGUUGAGCCAUCAUUUGUGGCCAGGUCGCCUCUGAAAAAGAGCUACAUCGCUCCGUGGGCUUUACCUGGUAAAAUAAAAUAGUAGUUAAUACAUAGUUAGUCGUCUCCACUAAUGUCAGCCGUGACCAGGCAUCAAACUCGGGCUCUUGAGUUCAAGGCACAGUGUGCUAACCACUGCUCCACCCAAACGGCACAUACAUGGGCGGUGUUAUAAUAUCUGUUGCGGAUUCAAAACUUUGAAAAAAGUGGGUUCAUUGGUGGGGCUGGGUUUUGUUCUGGCACCCGUUGUUGGCUGUGGCUACAACGCAACUCGUCCAUCACUCACACUGCCCGUCAAAACGGAAGCAGUCGCAUAGAUAGGCCUGAAAGUGUGAGUAGAUGAUAGGUGGGAGACUGGCACCGUUACACCAUCACGCCGUCUGCUAUUGAAGGAAGGCCAUUGCCUGAAACGUCGCAUAUUCGAUGUAUUUCUCUCUUCAUCGCAGCGCUAUUGAUUAACGUGCUCGGUGUUGUGUUCUUUGUGCUUGUGCACCCACUUCCUCAUGGUGUAACAAAUUAGCGGCGGUGUCGGAUCACCGUGCAAAGCUCUGUUGCGACUUUGGGUUUUCCGGCGGAGAUUACAUACCGAUUGUUUUCAAGCGCGGUGUUUAGGGGACCGAACGGAGCGGCAGAAUUGAUGGCGUGUAACGAUCCAUCGAUUAAAAAGUCGCCUCUUGCUCAAAGGUGCGUCCACGUGAGAUCGCGUGCGCGCGUAGGAACUCGCGAUCUGCAUUGUGUUUUUGUUGUAACUGGUUCCUGGAAACCCGGCGCUCGUUAUUUUGCAUCGAACUGCAAGGGACGAAAAUAGAAGCGAAUUCCUUUGUCACGACCUCCAGUCGUGCCGCUACGUUGAAUCUCGCCGGGGUGGGCGGGUGAUUGGUUCACGCCUACAGAAUCCCAUCAAAUGUUGGUUUUCCCUAUUCGUCUAGUCCUGUCUUGAAGAAUGAAAAACGGGAACGUGUUUAAAUUUCGAUUUAAUUUUGUGUGUUUAUUGGAAGAUUGGCGAAUGUAGGAACGUGGCACGGAGCGUGAAGGAGCAUUGUGGAGUGUUGGGUAACAGGAAGUGACUCUACCAAGUUGUUUUGUGAUUUGUUAUUUGCCGAAACCGUUCCGCCGACGACUGGAACGUCCUUCCCAAGCGGUGGCGUUCUGGCAGUGAAGGCGGUCUGCCUGACCCACGUGAUUCCGCUCGCAGUUGGGAUACCGAUUCUUGGAGCCCAUUUGCCACUCACAAUUUGUCGCUCAAUUUCUUGUCGAAUAGCUAGAACCGGCCCUUAUUCUGGAUCUCAACUCUGUCGCCCGCUACUAGACAGCCUCCAACCUGUGCUUGUUCUAAGCCGCCGUUCUCCUUUUUUUAUAUACCACCAAGAAUAUUUUCAGUUUAUUUAUUUGAGAGACAAUCUUUCGUUCCUUAAUUGGCUGCCUCAGGCCAUUGCUGUGAAUGCUACGCUGGUGUGUGUGUGUGCAGCUGCCAUUGCUCACUGGAGUUAACGUGUACGUGAGCCCAGUGUUGCAAUCUGACAGGUCGGCUCUCGCAACCAAUAUUAUAAAUAAUAGAGGUUUAUGGGUUACAUCGCGUAAAUAUAAAUGUAUCGUUAAACCCGCCAUUCGAGUAAUCGAACGGUAAAUGUUGUCGUAGGUUUACUCUCCAACAGACAACCAGUGUGCUGCACUAAUAAUGAAUUAGCAUGUUUUAGUGACAAACCUUACUAAGUAUUUGUGUCGGGUGAUGGCGGGCUUAACGGCGCAUUUAUAUUUACGCGAUCUAACCCAAAAAGCUCCGGUUUGGCAAUUUGGUAGGCCUGAGUGCACGUGGGAAUAAAAUGUGCAUCUGCUGCUUAUACUCCAUGCAGAAGAAGUGUUAUUUCGAGUUAAGAGUGCGUCUGCCUCGUGGAAUUGUACUGCGUCCACUUACGCGAGCGAUAGUCGCAAACAACUUGCGCAAGGCUGUGUUCAUGUGCACCUGCUGGCGUGCAUCUGCUUCGUCGUCAUCGUUCAUGCCGCCGGUCCAUGCCAACAUUGUUGUGUUGCUCACAGAAAAGUGGAGAUGGAAAACGAGCCGAGGUGGUAAAUCAUGACGACUUGGAAUUCGUGUUUCAUUCUGAAAACACGAGUUGUGGCAAGAGUGUUAAGAAAGCACACUGAAGUGUUUUGUGCCAGAAAGUAAGGUCCCAUAUUUGCGUCCCGGCAUAAUUGAACAAGCAUGUACUUUGAUAGAAGGUAAAGGCGCAGCCUUGCAAUUGCUUGCUCAUGCCACUGCUGGCAGAAGUUUCAGCAUUGAUAGUCGGGAGUAAUGUAUGGAGACUACUGAUAAGUGCAUCACUUUAAUAUCCCAACUUUGAAAAGCGUGUCAUCGUUAAACGAAAUAUAGUCACCGCUGCUUCAGUCUUGCACUGGCUAAUCCCCACGACAACGUUAAUCCAUUCAAUCCCCCUGUGAAUUAAUUCCCAGCCUUGGCCCAUCAUCGCACGUGGGUGCUAAAGCACAUCUGCUGCCACCGCUGGGGUCAAACUCAACAUCCCUUGUCCCGGCCAAGAAUAGAAGGGGGUGGGGGGGCAACACGAGAUAUGCAGCUCAGUGGGCCUCGUUACCUGGAGAAAUAAAGAAUAAUCAGUGAAACGUCAGGUCUCACUUGGCUAGCCCACCUUACGAGCCGUGCGCCGCCGUCGUGCUGCGUGUGGCGUGCGGAUGAGAGGAGCACCGCUCACUGUCGGAGUCUCUUCUCGAGUCGGCGAGUUUGGGUGGCGCCACUGGUGGCGAUGCUUCCAUGGCCCCCCCAGUGAUUUACAAGCACCCAGUUGUCAGCCCCCCCCCCCCCCCCCCGGGGCGGAGCGGGGGUCGUUUGUUGUACGCAAUGUGCCCCCCCCGCCCGCUUCUCUCUCUCUGCAUAAUACCACUUCUUGCCCUGCCCGAUCUCCCUCCAUAUUCAGCAACUUGCUACGUUGGCAGCUAUUGGACGUAGGUCCGUUUGACCGGCUUCCCCCACUUGUGGUGUACACACACACACAGUCUUAAGGCUUCGAACCCAUGCGGAUAAAGAGCGGAACUGCAAUGCUGAAGAGUUCUGCAGCAUGGCAAGUGAGAAAUUUCCACCUUUGCCGUUUCCUGCCACGAGAUACGCACGCGCCCUUCAGUGUUUCUGCCAAGUCGUCUCCAUCGUCGCGCUAAACUCUGUCUCGCACCUUUGCUCCCGACGUACGCGGCCGUGGGUUUUUAAUUUCGCGGAGCCGGUGUGCACUUUUCACGCGUGCUUGGUUUGCGGCGCAACUUUGCGGGACCGUGUGUGAUCUGCCGAAUGUAAAAAAAAAAUGGACGGCGUUCAAUCGGAUAGAACUCAUUGGUGAAAUAUCGGUGUGCACCAGUGUACAUUAAAAACAUGUGACCUGCAGUGACAUGCGUGGUAUUUCUGGCCAAGGCGGCCUUGCACUUGGAGAAUAAUUUACACUUCUAGAAGCAUCUUACAUCCAGAGGUCACACGGCGCUGUACAAAACACAAAACAGAGAUCCCCCUUAGCGCCUGCAACAAACUGUUGGGGUGGGUGGCCAACACCACGUCCGGCCGCCUUUGUCUCCCCAGUGGCGAUGUUUACACACCGCACCAAGUACUCAUUUGAGGCUGAGUUGACCUAGGGGAGGCCCAGGUCCGGUUCAGAAACUCGUCAAUGGUCUUGGCCAUGAGCGGGAAUCCAAUUCGUGUCGUCGGGUUCAUAGCGCAGCGUGCUGACCGCUACACCACUGCACCACCGCUUCCCGCUCGCACGCUGAUGGUGCUGUCAUCGAUCUUUGAACUCCCAAGAUCUGGCUUCGAAACCUCAUUACAUUUAACGCUUUAUUAUACAUUUCUUCGUAGUUAAGACAUUAUUUCACAAUGCCUAGCACCAUUUUCAGUUUACAUUCUCUCGCAACUUGGUACUUGGCAGGGAUUAUGCAUCGCUUGUUUCAAACAUUACUGUGGGCACCUGAAGUGUUAAACUCUAUUGCUGGAAGCAAAGGAAAAUUCGAUACUUAACAUAACUUCUUAUAAAUCAAAUCUUGACUAAAGCUUUCGUGACUGCAGGAAUUCAUAUUCUUUUGGUCUUUCGGUGAAGCCACGUAGAUAGAAAAAAAAGUAAAUAUUCUUAUAAAUCAGUUUUAGGUUUUGGCAAUUUAGUAAGUCCAUAGAUGAGCGAUGUCCACAUAGAAGUCUUGAAUCAAGUGAUUGACUCAAUAGUUAAUUUAUAUUUCACUUUUAUUAUGGAAUACGGUACUCGUAUGCCUCGCUAAUUCCUUGGAUUGCAUUCACUUUUGAAGGAUGACAAUCUUGGUGUUGCACUUGUAGCAGGUUACGUGUCUUUCUGUUAACCCUGUGGUAAACAGAACACCAUGCUGCACAUGCAAAUGUACCACAUCCUGAGCAAAAUGAGAACCAGCUCGUACCUGUCGAGAAAAAAACGCCACUGCCCUCUGCAAGCAAGUUGACAGUUUAGCCCGAUUUGUUUUUUGUGAUUUAGAAAAGGGAUUUAAUAUUAAAAAAUUGGACAAAAGUAUAGGCAUGGGAUCAUUUUUGACAGUACAUCACCCACAGAAAAAAAGUAAAAUGAUUUUAUUACCGGCCUGUUUACCCAGGAAAGCCUCAUCGAGUAGGGGGAGGGGGGUGAUGUUGCCAAACGAAAUCCCAAUUGAAUAAUUUGCAGCUAAUUAUUCAGCAUUGUAAUGUUUGGCCAACACCGGUUACAUUGCAAAACAAAAAACAACAAUUGCUAUGGGAAGAAACAGGUGGAGGAAACGAAUCCACACAGAAGAGGAGAACACGCAGAAAGUCGCCCGUGUCAGGAAUCAAUCCCAUGGCCGCCACGGUGGCGAGAUGUUAACUACCUCGCCUGGUAUGCAGGAGGUUGUGGGUUCAAUACCGACGACACCUGUAUAUUUAGAGUUUGAAUGUGUUUUUUUUUUGUGGUCGCGUGACAUUUUCUUGGAGUCCUUCGAUUGUUUCCCCUCCACAUUUAGAAUUAACGUGCGUUUAGAGUAUUAUGGCUGUGAUCAUAUAUUGCCACGUGAUAAGCCACUUCGUUGAGCUAUCGCCCUUGGCCAGGUCACUUCUGAAAAGAGCUACAGUAUAUAUCGCAGUGGGUCUUACCUGGUAAAAUACAAAAAAAAAGUUGAGUUUCAAUGCCGUAGUGUGAUUUGAGAAAGAUUGAGAAUGUUCUGACCCCGGUGUCUGGAGAUGGCAUGUAAAAAUACAGAAAUGUAGUCCUUUUCACGGAGAUAUUUAUUUGUAUCAACGCAGAAUAGUUCUGGGUUCUGGAAAGGCCCACGUUGGGAAGUUUUUUUUUGCAUUUCACAUAUCAUUGCGUGCCAAUUGUGCUUUGCCUAGGUGCAGUAAAAAAUAACGCCACCACCGUUAUAUUUAUUGGACCAAGUCCUGGCACAGAUCAAAGUGGAGUUUUCAGUACGUGUGAUAUUUGUUUAUUUGUGUUCGUUCGUGCAUAUUUAGAUUGUCAAAUCACUUUAAGGGAGGGGGGGGGGGGUGGUUUCAUCGCAGCGUUAAAUACACACAUUCAGCGGGCCCGCCGUUCGCGCGUGUCAGUGCAAAGUUUCCUAUUUUUUUAGGUUUCUUACGAGACCGAGGGCAGAUUUUACUUUGAGUUGCCUAAACAAAAAUGUUGGAUGUUAAAAAAAAAAAGAUUCCCAGCGUACCUCAAAUUAUGGACGGCUCAGAAUAAGCAUUAUAAGCAAAAGGGUAAUACUGUACAAAUUCCACGAUGAACCAUUGAUUUUUUAAUAUCUUUAGACUUAACUAUUUAGGGUGAUUACACGGCUAUAAACAAUAGACAUUUCACGAAGGAAACUUCUCCUUUGUAUAUGUAUCGGUAGAUAUGGUCGGCAAAAUAAACCGUUCCCAAAUGAAAGGAAUACACAAUGCGAUUCAAGUUGCAUUCAACGAAACAACACAUGGCCCGUGAUUGGAGAUUGCUCUAAUGCCCAGGUUUUCCUGUGGUCCAUCAAUCAGCGUUCAGUCCCCAACCCUGGGGACCAGGAGUCAUCGGCGGAGCUCAUCCAUUCAGAGUCCGUUGCUGGGCCGUAUCCUCGCUCUAUUUUAGGUGGAUUUACGACGCAAAAAUAACAUUGUUGCCCCAAAAAGUCCUGUUGAUUCACCUCUUGUUCUGCCUCGAUUCCCGUGUGCGACAUCAGAACUUGUACUUUACAGACACGUCUGAUGAGCCGGUGGUGAAUGGUUCUCAAUGUCAAUUGGUUUUUGGCCUAACAACAAAAAUCUCCCCCCUCCCCCCCGUCAAAUUGGCGUUUGUCAUCUUUUUCGGUAGCGGUUUGAAUUAUAGCGCUGUAAUUGUUUGCAUUGAAGUGUUAACACUGUGGAUUUGAGGUAUUUUGCUUUGAAAACAUAGAAAAGUGAGGCAAAUUAAGGUGUGAAAUUAUUAAUUGCAACUCGGAAUGUGUAAACUGGUUCUAUGCAAAUUUCGCAACAAAUAUAUUUACACAAAAAAUUGUAUCAUAAAAAGCUGCUCUCGCAACAAGCUGUACAGCGGUAACCGUUACAUUUCCUGUGUGGCUCGUUUGGCUUCUUCAUUCCAAGCAAAGCCAUUCCAGCUCUUCAGCAUAUCGACUAUUGCUCUCCGAUUUAGCCUGCCAUGUAUACGGAGACGCAUAACAAAAAUGUAGCAAGCAUGAGUGCGAUUGAUUAUAACGGACAUUGCAGUUCACUCUGUGAGUGCCGGCUGCUGCGGUGUAAAACGUUCAGUGUCGAUCUGCGACAUGAGACCUCAGCUGUUGGCCAGGCCGGGUGAUGGUGGUGGUGGUGACGACGCAUUUCUGUUGCAUGUCUCGAUCUCGUCUUUGAUUUGCUUGUUGGUAAUGUGGAGCUCGGAGCAUGUUGGAUAUUUAUUGGAUUAAAAUAAUUUAAGAUGAUCGAUACACCGCCUGCGGCUGUCGUUGUCGUGUUUGAAUACGGAAAAUGACUGAAACACACUUUCUUUUGCAGAGCAUUAGCCAAGCGAUUCCACUUAACUCACCUGCAGGCACUUCAGGUGUUUCUCUUACACGACGUCACGGCCCAUCAUCGAACAAAGGCGGCUGUCACCGC